AUGGUGAUCCACAAGGGGAAUGCAAUUUCCCGCGUCCGCCAGUUCUACAUGCGAAAGGUGAAGUUCACCGAAACCAACUUCACUGAUAAGCUCUCGAAAACCAUUGAGGAUUUCCCUCGAGUAGAAGAUAUCCAUCCCUUUUAUGGCGUCCUCCUUCACGUCCUCUACAACAAGGAUCACUACAAACUCGCACUUGGGCAGCUCAACACAACAAGAAAUCUCAUCAAGAGGAUACGCGAAGACUAUGUGAAGCUCUUGAAAUAUGGGGACUCGCUCUACCGGUGCAAGUCAUUGAAGCGUGCUGCACUUGGCCGUGUGUGUACUGUGACCAAGCGUAUUGGGUCGAGCUUGGCUUACCUCGAACAUGUCAGACAGCACAUGGUGAAGCUUCCCUCGAUCAACAUGGGCGCUCCAACGAUCUUGAUUUGUGGGUGCCCCAAUGUUGGGAAGAGCUCUUUCUUGAACAAGAUCACUAGGGCUAAUGUGGAGGUCCAGCCAUAUGCUUUCACCACGAAAUCGCUCUUUGUGGGGCAUACGGACUACAAGUAUCUGAGGUAUCAGGUGAUCGAUACACCGGGGCUCUUGGACAGGCCUGUUGAGGAUAGGAACAUCAUCGAGAUGUGCAGCGUUACAGCUCUCGUAAAUCUCCAUGCUGCUAUCGAGAUGUGA